AUGGAGCAGGCUGUCCUGCGCUCCUUUGGGGGGCUCAGCCUCCGGAGCCCCCCCCCGCCCCCGCCGCCGCCGCCCGCCUUCACCCACCGACUCUACCUGCUGCGCGGACUCCCGGGCUCCGGGAAAACCACCCUGGCCAGGCAGCUGAAGGGUGAAUUUCCCCAGGCUCUGAUCUUCAGCACUGAUGACUUUUUCGUCAGGGAAGAUGGCACCUACGAGUUCAAUCCUGAUUUCCUGGGAGAAGCGCACAAAUGGAACCAGAGAAGAGCCAGGACAGCAAUGAGGAAUGGCGAUUCCCCCAUAAUCAUUGAUAACACCAACCUGCAGUCCUGGGAGAUGAGGCCGUACGCAGUCAUGGCACUUGAGAAUAACUAUGAAGUUAUAUUCCGAGAACCUGACACUCGCUGGAAAUUCAAUGUUCAGGAGUUAGCAAGGAGAAACAUUCACGGGGUCUCAAAAGAAAAAAUCAGGCGGAUGAAAGAGUGGUACGAGCAUGGCGUCACCUUCCGUGGCGUGCUUCACGCGGAGAAGCCGAGUGGGACGGGCAGCCACUGGGAGUGGUGCGAUCCGACUUACCCCGGCCCGGCAGGGCCCUGGAGCUCCUGCCCCCGGGGAUUCUCCGGCCAGAGAGCGCCGCUCCCUCGACGGGGGGGCUUCCACCGUCAAUACCAGAGCUCCUCGUGACUCGGUUUAUCCAGCUAAUUAACGCUUUCCUCCAUCGUCCUAUGGAACUCCCGUGCUUCUCUCCAUUCCUUUUCAGCGCUCCGACUCCAGGGUGAUUA